CAAUGCUGCUGUCCCCGGCCUCCUCGAGAGAGAAUCGAAUCCUGUAUAUAUAUAUACUGCGGUAGUGCUUUUCCUGAGGGCCAGCACACAUCGCUCUUGACCUUUCCAAUACUGUUGAACUACAUACCUGCGAAGCCGUUCUACCCCCCGUUCUACCCCCCUAAAAUAUUUCGGCGACACGAUGAACAACGGCACAAUUUAUCUUGGAGUUUGGACCGAUUGGUCUUACGGGCCAGUUAUGGGUGCGACCCUCACAACCACUCGGAAAUUUGGAGAUCUCUUGAUUGCUUUCACUGCUUUUCUCAUCCCCUAUGUCGCUUCUCGCUUUUGGCGAAUUUUCUGCCUCAUCUUCCAUCGCUGCUAUUCUACUGCACAUUCUCGCGAUGCUCUUCAUCAUCAACGACAGAUUAUCCUACGCAAUUCCUCAUCUCCGGAGUCCGGAUUAUUUUCACUCUUCAAUCUCUUCUUGGCAUGGCGGAGGUCCUCUCAACAACCACCGAUCAAAACCAAAAGGCGCCUUUCUCGUCUCCUCCCAAGUGCACUAUUUGCUAUAUGUUGUAUCUCAGCAUUCAUUGUAGCUGGUGGCUUAUCAUCACAAAUAUCGACCUCUCGCGGUGAUGUGGUCUUACUCAAAGGCGAUCAGUGUAGCAUUCCGUACUACGGAACGAAUCUCACAGUUGCUGGUGAGGGACUCUAUUAUUCGGCGAUGGGAAAGAGAUUAAUGGACGCACAAAAUUACGCGCAACAGUGCUAUUCGGCGACAAGUUCCUCAUUGCUAGAUUGCGACAAAUUCGUUGUUAAAAACCUCAAAAGCAAGACCACGCAAACGAAUUCCACUUGCCCAUUCCCGGGUCCCGGCGCCGUCUGUCGAAACAAUGAAACGGGACUACGAAUAGAUAGUGGUUACCUCGACAGUAACGAUGACUUUGGACUAAACAACCCAGCCCAUGAGAGGUUACAGUGGAGGUAUGUACUCGAGUGCGCUCCACUUGUAACAGAAGGCUUAACUUCCAACUUUACCGAUCGAAAUAAUGCGACUUGGGUGCGGCAUUCAGAUCUUCAAAAGGCAGAGCUUACCCGAACACUUCGAGGGAAUGAGGUAGAGUUUCAGGCCCAGACAUCCCAAGUGGAAGAUCGAAACCGAUCUACAAUGAUCUGGAGUAAUGACGAGAAUUCUUUGUCAGUACCUUUGCUCUUCUUAGCAAACCUCCAUGCAAGUCUACCUGACAUUUUCCUAAUCGAGUAUUAUGCAGUAACCGAGAAAGGAUAUGGCCACUUUAGUCAGCGUACAGUACUUCUUUUUUCUAAGAAAUCGUAAAGAACGCCCGCAUGGCCCAUUUCGUGUCAAGUUCAUCAAGUGACAAACGACAUCAUUGAGUUCAAUUAUCAUUAUCUGUAUUUUUCUGAGCUUAUAAAGCAGUAUCGCCUAGAGAAUGCAAGAUAAGUGUUGCUUUCCCAUUGAGGCUACGACUGCUGAACUCAAUGACGGUGUUCAUGAUUCGUAUCGUACUGAUGACUUCAGCUUACAUAGACA